UUGAUAUUCUAUUCUAUGCCCUCAAGGCCUCAAACCUCAACCUAACAACGAAAUCGAAGGAAGGCGUUUGUUGAAAAUAUUGAAUAUCUUACCUCAUAAAAACGGCAAAUUAAAUGAAAAGAAAGCGGCAAUCUUUACUAACUCAAAAUGCGCACUCUUUUCAUAAGUUUUUUUAUCUUCGUUAAUUUGAAUGUUAUUACUAUAGGUGAUAAUAUCAAAACAGAGCAAAAAGGUGAUAAGACAACUGCUGUUGCCCCGGAAAAUGAUGAUAGAUUGUUACUUAUUGCCACCUUAGAUGGUUCUUUAGUCAAUGUUGAUCGAAUAACAGGCGCUAUAAAAUGGAAUGUGAAAGAUCGCCCUAUAGUUGAAGUGCCUUUGAAUGUUGAAGAUGCAACAGUUCCAAUUUUCUUGCCUGAUCCUAGAGAUGGAUCACUCUAUUUACUGGACAAUAGCAGAGAACCAAUUAAAAAAUUGCCUUUUACAAUUCCCCAAUUGGUGGCUUCUUCUCCUUGUAGAAGCUCUGAUGGCAUUUUGUACACAGGAAAGAAAAAAGAUGCCUGGUUCAAAUUAGAUCCUUCUACAGGUAUGAAACAACAGAUCAUUGGAUGGGACACUUCUAGUCCUACUUGUCCUGUAGAAACAUCUUCAUUUGUUUAUGUUGGUAGAACAAAAUAUAAUAUAGCCAUGGUUGACAGUCUUAAUCCAGAGAAAAAAUGGAAUGUGACAUUUUUUGACUACUCUUCAAAACCAGUAGCAAUGGAAGAUAUGACUAGCUUCGGACUUGUAUUAUUUGCUUCGAGUUCAACUGGUAAAAUUAUAGCUUUGGAUAGAAGGAGCGGGCACUUCUUUUGGGAAUUAGAACUGGAAAGUCCAGCAGUUGGAAUUUACCUUCUAAAUUCCGAAGGACUUCUCACCGUUCCUUACACAAUACUGGCAAAUCAUACAAUCACAUAUCUUUCAUCUGAACUAUCGGUUGACCACAUUUUCGAUCAAAAGGGCCGUAUAAAAUUAUAUCCAACGUUAUACAUCGGCCAACACGAAUCAGGACUAUAUGCUAUACCUUCUUUAGUUGACCAAAAUGUGGUGACAAUAACUGCAUCAGAUGCAGGAAAACUACUUUUAACAGGUCCUUAUGGCUCUGACGAGCCACAAUCUUACCCUGACUUACCAAUACCUGGCAAAAAUUACCAUCUGCCGUCUGAUACAAAAGAUGCCAACUCGUUUACUUUCCAAAGCAUACCUGGCCUAUCAAAUCACAUUUCAAUUUAUACAGGUCAUUAUAACGUUCCAGAAUUUAGCAAGUUGCGUUUUAUGCUCUUGGGGAAAACUGAACCUAUAAAACUGAUAUCCGAUGCGACCAUUUCUAAACGCAAAGAAAAAAAUUCAAAUAAAUAUGGCAUGGAGGUUGAAUCGGUUGAUAUGGAGAUGGAAGAUGAUGAUGACGAAUAUUGUAAUGUAGCAAAUGAUUCGAUGAAGCAUUGGACUGUCAUGAAGUAUAUCAGGAACUAUGCUGAAAUAUAUCAAGAUAUGAAUGACUUACAACGAACACUGCUAACCGUAUUAUCGAUGCUUGUAGUUUCCUCUAUAUAUAUUAUUGUAACGGUACAAUAUUUAACUCGUAAGAAGCAGGACAAACAUAUUGAAUGUCCAUCAAAAGAAGGAAUUUUGCAAAUUGGUAAAAUAAAAGUACAUCUGAGAGAUAUCCUAGGUAGCGGUUGUGAGGGUACUAUGGUGUACAAGGGUGAAUUUGAAGGAAGAUCUGUAGCUGUAAAAAGAUUAAUGACGAAAGGGCCUAAACAAAUAGAAUUAGUAGAACGGGAGGUAGCUUUGCUGAGAGAAAGUGAUGAUCACCCAAAUGUUAUAAGAUAUUACUGUACAGAGGAAGAUGUGGCUUUUCGAUAUAUAGCCCUUGAAAUGUGCCAAGCUACUCUUACAGAUUACAUUGAGAACUCUAAAGGUCCCUUACCUAUAUCACCUUUACAGAUUCUCCAACAAACCACACAAGGAUUGGCACAUCUACAUUCCCUUGAUAUAGUUCAUAGAGAUCUCAAACCACAUAAUGUGUUGAUUUCAAUGGAAGACACGUUAGGAAAUGUGAAGGCAAUGAUUUCGGACUUUGGUUUAUGCAAGAAGUUACAAAGAGGACGGACUUCUUUUUAUUCAUCUCGCAUCGGAGGUACAGAAGGUUGGACUGCGCCAGAAGUUUUAGAAAAAGAACCUCAAAGGAUGACUUCGUCGGUGGAUAUAUUCUCUCUUGGUUGUCUUUUCUAUUACGUUUUAUCGAAAGGUGAACAUCCAUUUGGUGAGUUGAUCUAUAGAACUCCUAACAUUGCCACAGGACAACCAUGCAAUCUGGAUCGCCUACAAGGAAGUCAAUGGGAAAUCCAUACUCAGCUUCCUUUAAUUAAGUGUAUGAUUUCAAAAAAUCCCAACGAAAGGCCAAACUGUAGUGCAAUAUUGAUGCAUCCGAUGUUUUGGGACACAACAAAAAUACUUAAUUUUUUUCAGGAUGUUAGUGACCGUGUUGAUAUAUCCGAAGUCGAUGAGUUUGUUCUGAAGAAUCUUGAGCUUGGAGGAGAUGCAGUCGUUUUAAAUGAUUGGGGAGAUCAUAUUGAUCAAGAUUUAAUCAUUGAUUUGAGGAAAUUCAGGACGUAUUUUGGUAGAUCAGUCAGAGACUUACUUAGAGCUAUGAGAAAUAAGAAACAUCAUUUUAGAGAAUUAACAGAAGCGGCACGAAUAGUAUUGGGGGAUAUCCCUGAUAGUUUUACGUACUAUUGGGUAGAAAGGUUUCCAUCCCUUUUAAUUCACACUUACGUAGCUAUGCAAUGUGUAGCCGAUGAAAAUGUAUUCUCUGUGUAUUACCAAGAAGACUAUACGUAUCCUAUGGAAGACGUCAGAGCACAAGCUUUAGAUUAUUGUCAGUCGAAAGGAGUGGUUAUCGAUGAGUCAAAACCACCCAUGGAGCUCAAGCUUCAAAAAAGCCCUAAGAAAACCAAGAAAUGCUACAAAAACGCGGGUCCACUUAAACCCAGAGCUAAACAAAAAAAACCAGCAUUUAAAAAAGACGAACCAAUACAUUGGGAUGUCAGCAAUGCAUAAGCCAGUUAAAUAUUAUUUGUUGAAAUUCUGUAUAGUAUGUUUUUAAAGUAGUAAGGGUAUGGAUUUGGUACUACCUAUUUUCAGGUUGGUAAUUUUUAAUAGUCGUAAUUCCAAUUGAAAGUCUUUUGGAAGACCAGAAAAACUGCAAACACAAUUGUGUUAUUUAUAUUUUAUUUGUAGACUGUAGAUUUGUAGAUUGUCUGGUGAUCAACAGGACAACACACAGGUAAAGAUUGAACGCAUCUGUUUGAGUUGGGAAAUGAUAUUUUGAGUCACCUCAGGUCUCUUGUUUCGAAGAUACAGGUUAUUUUCAAAAAUUUUGAGAAAUUUCAAACGCCUCUAACUCUAACAGGAAAAUUAACAAGAAAUUUUUGUCAAAAACUCAAAUGUACAGUUUGGUGAAUCAUUCUCUUGAUACACUUUCAACAUAUGAACAGAAUUGAAUUUUAACACAAAUUCUUCAAUAGUGAUUUUAACCCAAUCUGACCAUUUUCAGCAAAAAUACUGGCAUUAAUCUGAUGAAAUGGAUGGAUCUGCAAGUUUUUUCUGCUUUUUUGAUGCCUGCAUUCCAAUAUAAUUCAACAAUAACACAAAAAGUGUUGUUUUUUAUCAUUUUCAGAAAAACAUAAAUUCCUGAUUACAGACCUGGAAUUUCGGAAAUAUCUAACAAAAAAUCACCAAAAUCGGUGCUUGGAGCUGCUUGAAAUUUCUCCACAUUUCCGUAAAAAAGUAACUUGAAAUAAUAUUUCCCAAUUUGUAAAGAUGCCCUCUAUCUUCACCUGAACGUUGUACCACUGGUCACCAGACACCCUGUAUAGUGAAGGUUCAUUUUAUUUUAUUCGUUGGACGUGUUUAGCCCAAAUAUUAAUUUAAAUUAUGACAAUACGGUUUUUGAAGAAAGAUUUGAGGAAAAUCCAUUUAUAGGAUAGGCUAUUUGACAAAUUUUUACAAAAAUUGGAUAUAUCUAGUGAUUAUCUAAAUAUAAAUUUUACUUUGUUUACAUUCUUACUAUAGCAAUCUAUUUGCUAGAAUUCAUUGUUGUUUUAAAUGUUUUCAAUAACUCUUUUACGGGAAAAAAACCUGUACCAACUAUAAAAAAUACUUCAUUGUAGAAAUUGACAGUGAAAGCAAAGGAACGAAAAAAAAGGCAACAAACAUGUCGAACUCAAAUUGACGUCAUCGUGAGUUCGCCCAAUCCUGUCAUUUGUCAUCACGUGAUAAAGGAUAUGAAUUAAUCAAGUUUUCAGAGCUUUUUUGUUGAUAUAAUAAAAAAAAAUUGUUUUGUUGGCUUAAUUCCAAUCGUUUUUGGAAGUCUAAUCUAGGAUGUAAACAAGAGGGUUCGAUAUUUUAUAUACUGUCAAAUAGUCUACCACGACAAUUUUUUAAGAAAGUAGUGAGGAAUCAUCAUUAAUAGAAUAAUUGUAAAAUGAACUUAACACUGGUGUGCUCACUCUUGAAAAACCUUAAGAUUGAAGUGGCGACUUUUGAAGGGACCAGUCUUCUUGGAUUUUUAAUGAUAUUGGUACUUUUUCACUUGAUUUCCGCAUCGUAUCUUAUGGCGCUCACGUCAAUGACGUUUUGAGGUUAAAUCAAAAGUAGAACAACAGAACAAAUGAAAAUUUUAAAAGGAUGCCGAUGAUUGGUCAAUUCUUUGUAUAGUGCCACCUUAAGGAGAAAAAGGACCUAUGCCGAGCCGAGUCGCCUGAAUUAUAUUAAACGAAAUCAAAUCAGUGAACACACCAGUAUUUAGACAACUUAAAUAAACGUUGAUGUGAAUUUAAUCUGUAAUUAAUUUUAAUGAUUUCAGUAUUAAGUGUGUGGAUGUUUGGAAAUUUUUUAUACUGUCAUUAUUUAAUUGAAUUAAAUUUAAAAAAUACUUUUCGAAGUCUAGCGAUAUAAUUUGAUUGUAAAAAUAUUUUUUUUGUCAAUUCAAAAAUAUUUACUAACACAUACAUCCUUUUAUUUUUUCACUAUGCUAGUGAUUAGAUUUUAUAACAUAGAUUUAUGAAAUAUAUUUCUUAGGAGAUGAUUAUUUUAUGUACAGAACUGAUUUUUAAUAAUCAAUAAAUAUGGGGGAAAUUUUUUCACUGUGAUAUUGUGAAUUUUUGCACUUACAUUAGACAGGAAAUGAAACCAUGUAACUGUUAAUGUUUAAAAAAUAUAUUUUAUAAGAGUUGA